AGUGUUGUAGUUAAAUGAUUGACGACUUAGAGUAAUAUCUAUUCGUUUUCGUUAUUUCGUCUCGUGCUAUAAACCAAUAGUGCUAUUGUAUUAUCGAUAAAAGAUCUUAACGCUGACGCUGCUAAAGGCAUCCUUAAUCAUUGCAUUAUAAAAAAAGAUUAUUGUAAAUGCGUGCAAAAUAAGAAAUUAAUGAAUUUAAUCGUAUAUUUAGUGAUAUCAUUUUAUUCAUUGCAAAAAUAACCUAUAAUUGUUCAAAAUGAGCGAAAGGAAGAGCAAGAAAAGCAAAGCGGACAUCGCGAAGCAGUUUGACUUGCCAGAGAGGCAGUCGAAGAUCACAUCGCUGCUGAACCAGGCCGGGCAGGCGUAUUGCAUAUGCCGGUCUUCAGACAGUUCGCGAUUUAUGAUAGCCUGUGAUGCCUGUGAAGAGUGGUACCACGGAGAUUGCAUAAACAUAUCGGAGCGAGAAGCAAAGUACAUAAAGAACUAUUUCUGCGAGCGCUGCCGGGAGGAAGACCCUACUUUAAAGACUCGCUUCAGGCCGCAGAAGAGGGAGAAUGAUGAUGAGCCGGUUCGAGAUGACAGAAAGAAGAAACGCAAGGAGAAGGACCACUCGGAGAACAAGUCCAAAAGAACAAGCAACAAAGAUGGCUGCGGGGACUGCCCAGGAUGCUUGCAGUUACAGGAUUGUGGACACUGUGAAGCAUGUGAGGACAUGUUCAAAUUCGGAGGCAGCAACAAGCUGAAGAUGAAAUGUAGGCAACGGGUCUGCAUACUCAAGAGUAAGAAGCCAUCACGGCAAUCCAGCAGCAGCAACAGAGUGAAAAAGAAGCAUCACGAACGAGAAACCUACGAGCCUGAAGAAUCUAUAGCGCACUUGCAGACCAUGGAACCCAGACAAUGCUACGGACCCCAAUGCACCCGAGCGGCGCUGUAUGGGUCCAAGUAUUGCUCGUCGCAGUGCGGCAUCAGGCUGGCCACAGCUAGGAUUUAUCAAGUGCUCCCCCAGCGCAUCCAGGAGUGGUCGCUGUCCAGCUGCGUGGCCGAGCAGCGCAACCGCAAGGCGCUGGAGGUGGUCCGCGGCGGGCUGGCGCGCGCGCAGGCGGCGCUGCGGGCGCUGGACCAGCAGCACGCCGCGCUGGACGCCGCCGUGCACCGGGCGCGGCGCGCCGCCGUGCAGGACCAGCCCGAGAAGGAGGCCGACGACGAAACCUCCAUGUACUGCAUCACGUGCGGCCACGAGAUCCACUCGCGCACCGCCGUCAAACAUAUGGAGAAGUGCUUCAUCAAGUACGAGGCGCAGGCCUCCUUCGGCUCCAGGCAUCGGACUCGCAUCGACGGACAGAGCAUGUUCUGCGACUACUACAACCCUGCUAAUGGGACCUACUGCAAGAGGUUACGGGUAAUGUGCCCCGAGCACUUCAAAGACCCCAAAGUGAGCGACACGGACGUGUGCGGCUGCCCGCUCGUGCGGCGCCUGUUCGAGCCCACCGGGGACUUCUGCCGCGCGCCCAAGAAGGCCUGCCUCAAGCACUACCAGUGGGAGAAGCUCAGGAGGGCGGAGAUCGACAUGGAGAGAGUCCGGCAGUGGCUGCGCGCUGACGAGCUGGUGGAACAGGAGAGGAGCAUCAGGCAUGCCAUGGCUUCUAGAGCGGGCGUGCUGGGGCUGAUGCUGCACUCCACCUACAACCACGAGGUGAUGGAGCGCAUCACGGGCAAGGUCAACGACAAGCCCAAGGACUCCUGACACAGGACAAGGCACAAGAGGAGGAAACCGAUCGAAUCAUUAGAAACCACCACUACUAAUGCGAAUGUAAAGUAAUUUAUUUUUCUCAAAUUUGUAAUGAAAUUUUCUUUUUUGACUCUUGACUUACUUCAAAUUAGGUCCGGAAAUACGAUGACAUGACAUCAGGUGCGAUGAGUGAAGAUGAUAUGUAAAGGAAUUUCAUACAGCCUUACACACCUAGGCCUGUAAAGCAACCUUUUGUUUUUAAAUGUCAAAUUGUGACACGUCUUGGCAUUCAACCAUCAAAAAAACCUAUAAGCAAUAUUUUUGGUUUGACUACUUCCCUAGAGAAAAAAAAAGAAAUCUUUAUAGGGCUGUAUCUCCUAAAGUAUACGUCGUAGCGCAAAAUUAAGCAAAUUUGUAUUCCCCAUGGACACCCCACGCCCUGAAUAAUGUAUCACAUUACGAUAUGAAACAAUCAUCAUCAUCAUCAUAUUUUUAUUAUUAUUUCAUUGCAAGUUUAAGAAAAGCACUACAAAUCUCGGCGAGAAACAGGGUUGCCGACCGCGCAUCCCUGCCUGACCGCGCUGCGCUCGGCCGCCUAUAUCUAUUUGGCCUGCAACCUAUCGUUUCCCGGCCUCUAUAGUAAUGUACUAUUGUUGUAAUUUUCUACUUUCAUUUUUAGAAAUAAGGUACAAGUAAAUGUGUAAAGAAAGCAUUAAAAACUGACUGCAUCGUCACGUUACGCAACCAGUAACGUGACGAUGAUUUUGAGAGCCAGAUGAAUUUGAAAGAGAUUAAAGCAAUACCUUUACAGUUUUCAUAAUAUCUUAUGAUAUUAUAAAUAAGUAUAGAAAAUAAUAAUUGUAAAAUACUUUUAUACCUAAGUGAAAAUUGACAAAUUCAAAAUUCUUCCAUUAAUACUUACAAAUCCAAACUGUAUAAAUAAUCUGGUUAAUAAAAUAAAUUGUGUAUCAAUGUA